UGUCCUCAUCUGUUUGGUCAUAGAGAAGGAAAAAAAAAAAACGGCAGAUGGUGGAAACAGAUUCCGAUCGGAGGAUGGACCUUAAUUUAGAUUUGGGUGUGUACUGUUUGCCAAAGCCCUUAUCUGAAUUCCUCCACGAAGUGUCGUUGAUCAAGGACUGUCCUUCGACUCUGUCGGAAAUCGGUGGAUUGGUCGACAGAUUGGAGGAGGAGAGGAGAAAGAUCGACGCUUUUAAACGAGAACUCCCUCUCUGCAUGCUUCUGUUGAACGAAGCGAUAGGAAGGUUGAAGAAAGGGGCGACGCGUUCCGCAGAGAAGAGAGACGGGUCGGCGAGGGAAGGAUCAGUGGCAUCGAUUCGGAAAUUUGAUGAUGGUGGAGGGGCAAAAGUGGAAAAUGACAAGAAGAACUGGAUGAGCUCUGCCCAGUUAUGGAUCUCGAACUCUGAUUCCCAAUUGCAAUCGAGAAACGAAGAAGACGAGGAAGAGGAAGAAGAAGAAGAAGAUCGGUCGUUGACACAGAACCCGUUCCCGAACUGUAAUUUUGCUAACAACGGAGGGGCAUUUCUGCCAUUUAUGCGUCCGUGCGGAAGCUACCACCCUUCUCCGCCUCCUCUAACCCUAAUGACUCCAGCUUCAGACACGGUGGUGAAUUGCAGGGUUGACCGUCGUCAACUUAGCAAAACCUUAAGCCAACAGCAGAAGAAAGAGCAACGACGGCGAUGGUCGCCGGAGCUCCACCGGAAAUUCAUCGACGCCCUUCAACUUCUCGGAGGUUCACAAGCGGCUACGCCUAAGCAGAUUAGAGAACUGAUGCAAGUUGAAGGCCUAACCAACGAUGAAGUGAAAAGCCAUUUACAAAAAUACAGAAUCCAUGUCCGGAAACAUCCGAAAACGAUUUUCGCAGCUGCAGAAACAGCGAAAACCACAGGAGGGUCGGGUCGAAUCCAGUGUAAAGGCAGUGACUUGGAGAGCCGAGGCAUCUCUCACUCUCAGUCGGAUUCUCCACAAGGGCCACUCGCUCGGAGAGGGGCCUCGAGCAAUGGAGGCCACAGCUCAGAGGCUGCGGAAGGAGAGGACGACGAGGAGGCAAAAUCUGAUGGACAGAGCUGCAAGAACGCAUCUAAUGCAGAAGAAUUAGUGCAUCUUCAGCUUUAAAAGUUGAGAAACGAGUAAAUAGAACAUCUUUAUAUAUAUACAUAUAUAUAUAUAUAUGAUGUCUGCUGAGGGAACUCGAGAUGUAAACAUGAGAGAAUAAAGAUAUAGGAUUUGCUGGAAGAGACGGAGAUCUUCAAGCUCUGUUUCCCUUUCGGCAUAAAGAGAAAACUACCGAGGAAUUCGAGAUUUUGUUGUGUUACUGUUAGUAAAAUCAAAGUUUUGUCCCAAAGUUUCCUCCUUUUCAGCUAUCUCGAGGAAGAUCAUAUGAUUUCGUUUUCAUCUGGACAGUCUUUUGUUUUGGAUUGGGGCGAACUCUAUUAGAGUAGUUUAUUCCACUCCUAA